AUGAAUAAACUGAGUUCUUUUUUAAAUGAACUUAAUAUUGAACUUAUCCAAAGAACUUUCAUUGUAUUAGUGCAGCCUCCCCGAAUUCUGAAAGUGAAUACUAAUAUGAAGGCUUCUGUAUGUUUACUGCCGGCUGAAGCCUUGAAUAUUACUUCUAAAUCUGUAACUGUCACAGCAGACUUAACAUCGAAUGAUACGGUCAAAGGAAUUCUUCAAAACAAUACAAGUACUAUGAAGAUUUCUCAGAAACAAAACACAGCAGAAUUUACUAAAAUGAAAGUAAAUGAUGUUACAAGAUCAAAAAACAAGUCUGGAGAGUCUGUCACAGAUGAAAAAUUUGAGCUUAGAUUUUUCAUGCAAAUUGAAAUUGAAGGCAUCAAACUGAAUUUACAGGUUUGCUCCUUUCCAGUUGUCGUGAUUCAAAAUGGAAAUCAAGAAUGCAAAGCAAUGGCCACAAUUUUAUGGGAUAACUUUUUUGAUGAAAAUACAGUUCCUUGGCCCAAGUUUGCAGAUAUGCUAAAAUAUAGAUUUAAAGAAACCAUUGGUGUUUCUUUGACGCCACAAGACUUUAAAUAUUUUGCAUCUAAAAUAUUUGAUAAAACAGUUAAUGACCUUUCCACAAUGUCUAUUACCUGGACUCAGUUUUGCAAGGUGAAUAUGAAUGACAAAAAAUUUUCAUUCUGGGAUUGGUUUUAUGCCAUUGAGAGACUUAUACAAAACUGUUUUCUGGACAUGUAUAAGGACAAGUUAGUCAUUGGUUUUGUCAGUAAGAAACAGACUGAAGACAUGCUCAAUCCAACCCACCCUGGAACUUUCCUUUUAAGAUUUAGUAAUAAUUGUCUUGGCGGCAUCUCUAUUGCUGUAAAAGGCUCUAAAAGCAUCAAACAUCUUUCUCCAUUUAAAAUUGAGGAACUGAAGAAUCAUUCACUUGUCAAACUUAUACAAAAACAAAAAAAGUUUCUUUACCUGUAUCCUAAUCGACCAAAAAGUGAAGCAUUUCAAAAUUAUUCGAUAACAAAGGAAGAUCCUGAUGAAACUCUGAAAAACAAAGGUUAUGAGGAAAGAGAUUUUAAUCUUAGUUAUGAAAGUGACGCUGAUGAUGAGCAAACCAAUUCCAAUGCGCUCAUGAACAUCAAUCAUGAUGUGAUGGAUUUUGAAACUUCUGUUUUCAAUUGUUCAGAUUUUCUCCUGCCUCCACUUCCAGAGGAACUGCCUGCGGACAUCUUCAAUGAAUGA